CACGACACGAGACUCAAUUAUUCAUUCCACGCUCACCACUGCCCAUUGGCCACCAGAGCAAACUUUUUCUGACAAGUUGGAAUCAAUGAGAAACCCAAAAAAAGAAAUCCUCACGGUCAAGAUUACAAGAUUCUUGAUCAACAAAAGGCUAUAAAGCCAGUACCAUUCCAGCAUGAGAUCGAGCUGAAAGCAGGUCCACCAAACUCGUGAGCCAAUUAGCUUCCCUUCACUUGCACAACGGGUAUCUACCAAGGAGCCAAGGUGUGUACUCCUCCAAGGCUCCGACUUGUCAGUUGUCCAAAACAUAUAAAAAAACACAGUUUUCGGAACCAAUACUGACCCCAGCUCUCCUCCUCUCUUUCCCUUCCUUACUAUACUGUUCUUUAAUAACUAAUAAUCUUUUUACAAGAAAUAUAUCUCUUUUUCUCUCCAUCUGGGGCUUCGAGCCGUAGUUGAAAUGACAAAGAAGGUAGAAGAAAGAGAGAUGGGCAUGUUCUUUGAUGGGAUCAUAGAAUCCAUGCCUUUGUUUGCAAAGGAGUUAGUUGCUGGAGGUGUUGCUGGGGGCCUUGCAAAGACCGUUGUUGCCCCACUUGAGCGUGUCAAGAUUUUGUUUCAGACUAGAAGAGCAGAAUUUCACAGCGUAGGCCUCUUUGGAUCCUUUAAAAAGAUUGCAAAGACAGAAGGCAUCAUGGGUUUCUACAGAGGAAAUGGUGCUAGUGUUGCUCGAAUUGUUCCCUAUGCAGCACUUCAUUAUAUGGCUUAUGAACAGUACCGUCGAUGGAUCAUCAAAGGUUUUCCUGACAUUGGUAGAGGCCCUGUACUUGAUCUUGUGGCUGGAUCAUUUGCUGGAGGAACUGCUGUGCUUUUUACUUAUCCUCUUGAUUUGGUUCGGACUAAAUUAGCUUAUCAGGUUGUUGGUCCAACAAAGAUUCAUGUGAAAGGGGUAGUUAAUACAGAACAAAUUUAUAGAGGAAUUCUUGAUUGCUUUUCAAAGACUUACAAAGGGUCAGGGCUCAGAGGUCUUUAUCGUGGUGUGGCUCCAUCACUUUAUGGAAUCUUCCCAUAUGCUGGUUUGAAGUUUUACUUCUACGAGGAGAUGAAACGCCACGUCCCUGAUGAGCAGAAGAAAAAUAUAAUGGUGAAUCUAGUAUGUGGAUCUGUAGCUGGUCUGUUGGGCCAAACUUUCACAUAUCCUCUUGAUGUUGUGAGGAGGCAAAUGCAGGUCCAAAGGCUCUUGGCAUCCAACAGUCCUGAGUUGAAAGGAACAAUGGAAACACUUAUUAUGAUUGCUAAAAAUCAAGGCUGGAAGCAGUUAUUUUCGGGGCUGAGCAUCAACUACCUGAAGGUUGUACCAUCUGUUGCAAUUGGUUUUACAGUUUAUGACAUCAUGAAAUCUAGCCUGAGAGUUCCAUCCCAUGAUGAAGCUGUGAUAGAAGUGGUAACAAAUAAAAGAAAUACCCAAACAUCAUCUCUUCACCCAUAGUAAUAAGUAAUAUUCAUCUCAUCGAUUCUUAUACUGGUCAUCAAGGGGCUUUGCUUCACCUUUAAAAUUCUUAUCUUAUAACUGACCAAGUCAGGCCAUCUAACUUGUACAUUCCAUUCUUUUAAGCUUUAUUAUAGGACUUCUAUAGGUUUUAUUUCCUCACCAAAUAAAUUUUGUACAAGAUCAAGCUUACAUAGUUUUCAAGGGAUGAUCCUGUAGCAAACUGUAUUGAUUGGACUUGUAACAGUUUCUCCAUCAAGGAUGAUAUUGAUGAGUCUUCCAAGUUUAGAUUCAUUAGCAAUGUACAUAUUUAGGGGUAUUAAUUCAAUAAAGAAAUUUGACUGCUGCAAUGUAUCGUCUGUUGAGAAAUUAAUAUCAGCUUUCUCUUAAUU